AUGCGUGAUGAUGCAAGUUCAUUGUUUACUACGACAUGGAAGGAGAAGAAAGCACUGGAGAAUAAGAAAGUGAUUGCACUUGGUGGAAAGCCUCAAAAGAAACCGAGGGUACCGUUGAGUGUAGCGCGAAAUAUGAUUCUUGGCAAAUUUGGAGGACAAGUUGGUGGUGUAAGUACGAAGAAACCCGCAGAGAAGAAACGUAAGCCAGAGGAUAGAGUCCUGAAAUCAAUGGUAGGGAAUUUCAAGAGUGGUGUUCUUGAUGUUAGGCAUUUGCUACAUUCUGGUUCUUCGAGAAUUAAUGACAGAGAUAAGAAGAUUCCCAAUUACGGUAAGAUUAAGCUUGGAGGAGAAAUUGGAGGAGGAGGAGGCAAAAAGAGUAAAGGACAGAAGAAAAGAGGCAAAAAGAAUAAAGGAAAGAAGAAAGGAGGCGGUAAGAGGAAAGGCAAGUAA